UAGGGGAAACUAUUUUUAUAAUCUUAGAACGAUUCUCGUCUUAACAUUGAAUUUUAAUCCAACGACGAUUUAUUGGAGUCGUAUAUGUGAAUAAAAAGAGCAAUAAGAACAAUUCACGUGUUAAACCAGGAAGGACAGUCGCACAUAUGUUUCCUGCUUUAGAAAAAUACGUUUCCUCGUAUAACAGUAAAUGAGAUUCAAGUACUCGGACAUACACAUGUAUAAACAAACCACAAGGAUUCAGUCAUGGUUCCUCUGGUUGAAACCAAAAUCGCUGCGUUUUUCAUCAUAUUCUUUGUGACUUUUCUUUUUGGUUUCCUACCCACAUGUGUACUAAGGUGUGUAAAGGGCGGGGCAACCCAAAAGAAGAUUCAAACCGUCAUAAGUCACCUCAACUGUUUCGCUGGCGGGGUGUUUCUGGGCACCGCAAUGUUACAUUUGCUUGCGGAGGCAGAGGAGAGUAUGAGGGAGGUUCUAAAUGGCGGGAACGCCACCGCAAUUGACUACCCCGUCACCGAGAUAACUGUAAGUGGAGGGUUUUUUGUCAUACUUAUCCUCGAAGUUGUGAUUUUGAGAAUCAUGCAUGGAGUCGGACAUGGUCCCGGGGAGAAAAAUGAAAAAUGUUCUCCAAAACCCAUGCAUGGCUACAAGACCUACAAGUGCUUGGAGGAAAGUGAUACAGUAAUAAUUGAACCCGAGACGGUGGAAGAUCGUCUUUCCGCUUCCGGAGUACACGAUGACGUCAGAGAGGUUAUUAAGGACACUCCGUCACCUCUCCGCGCGUCUUUAUUCGUGUUAGCCCUAUCUUUACACAUGAUAUUCGAAUCCCUGGCUGUAGGCAUACAAAGUACGGAAUUAAAAAUCUGGGCGCUCCUGUUGGCUAUUUCUUUACAUAAAUGUAUUGUCGCCUUUAGUAUUGGACUGGAGAUGCACAAGCUACUCGGAACCGGGUGUAAAAUGAUUGCUUUUCUUUUAGUGUUUUCUGGGUUAUCGUCUGCUGGCGUUUUGAUUGGCAUGGCUUUCACGGAGGAUGGAGUGGGUCAAUCGUUGAUCAUUGGGAUUCUACAAAGCCUGGCCACAGGGACCUUCUUCUACGUCACCUUUUUUGAGAUACUUCAGCGCGAGUUCUCGCACUGUCACAGCCUAACCAAACUGUUCCUCUGCCUUGUAGGAUACGGUGUAGUUGCAGGAUUGAAAACAUUGGAGAAAGAUUAAAAUUAUAAUCAACAAAAAAUAUAUACAUGUAGCAAGAAUAUUUUUUUUUUAAAUUAGUAUUAAAAAUAGUUGAAUGGUAUGUGUUUAUAUUUUCCUGGUGUUUAAAAUACUAGUAUACAACAAUUAGGUCCUGUAUUAACAGGUUUCACGUAUAUGCCUGAAUGAUCCUAUUGAUACUAGGAUUUAUUACAGUUUGUCAUAUCUUGUUAAUAAUAAAACACUUAAAGCUUG